ACUGCAGGAGAACGUGAUUCCACAAAAUAUAGCGCCAUAACUGCCGCCAAAAUUCUCCUGGAAGUUGACCUCUUCAUCACGAUCCUUUGAUCGAUCACAGCUUGCAGUUCGCUUCAUCAAGAGCCAUUCGUUUCCCACACAACAGAUUGAAAGCGGUGCGUUAGGGUUUCGCGUCUCUUAAUUUUCUCCUGUUGUUACCUCUAGCAUCUGCCGUUUGCCCUACGUAAGAUUUCAGGUUACAUGUUGAUGUUUUCAAGAGCUUAUGUUCGGAUCUUAGAAUGCACUACAACCUAAAGGAGACACGUAAUGUAUCUAUUGAAGAGUCUGUUGGUAUUUUUUUGUUGAUAUUAGCACACGAAUGUGGAAAUAGACUAGCUCAAGAAAUUUUCAAUCAUUCAGGGGAAACUAUUCAUAGACAUUUCCAUCGUGUUUUAAGAGCGGUGCUUAAGCUUAGCGGGGACAUCAUCAUGCCUAAAGCAAACUACAAUAAUGAAGUACCUCCACAACUCUUAAACAACUCUCGGUAUUACCCCAUGUUCAAGGAUUGCAUUGGUGCUAUUGAUGGGACACAUGUUAAGGCAUCAGUUCGAGAGCAUGAACAAGCAAAAUAUAUUGGUAGAAAAGGAUAUGCAACCCAAAAUAUCAUGGCAGCAUGUGAUUUUAAUAUGUGUUUUACAUUUGCAUGGGCGGGAUGGGAAGGCACUGCACAUGACACAAGAAUUUUUUUAGAAGCAUUACGUAAGCCAGAGGUGAAAUUUCCUCGUCCAACGGGUGAUAAGUACUAUGUUGUUGAUGCCGGGUACCUAAAUACCAGAGGUUAUCUUGCUCCUUAUAAAGGAAAUGAUGUUCGUUAUCAUAUACCUGAUUUUCGUCGAGGUCAAACAGCUGCCCAACGCGCUCCGAAAGGACUAAAAGAGACAUUUAACUACUAUCACUCAUCUUUAAGAAAUGUGAUCGAACGGACAUUUGGAGUAUGGAAGGCAAGGUGGGCAAUAUUAAAAGAUAUGCAUGUUAAUUACUCUUAUGAAACACAAGUCAACAUUGUGAUAGCAUCCAUGGCAAUUCACAACUACAUUAGAAUGAAAGGUCAUUUUGAUGAAGCAUUUAAUAAAGCACAACAAGAAACAUAUCGUUACUCGAGAUGUUGAAAGUGAUACAUCCAUCAGAAUUAAUGGAAUACAAGAAGACAUAACUACACGUCGUAGGCAAGACGAUCUAUAUAUGAGUUUGGUAAGAGAGAGAAUUGCAAAAGAUAUUAUGCAAUCCAAUUGAAUGUUUAUCUGUUGCAAUUGCGGUACUAAUGCAGAAUAGUGAAUAAUUUGUUUACUUACCUUGUACCGAAAUCAUAUGGCGUAGCGAUUGAAUUGGAGUUUGUUGUUUUUGGCUUCUUGA